AUGACCACCGUCAUACCUUCUGCUUCUACGUGCUACUCGCUACAGCUACCUCCAAUAGACAAAGAUGAUCGUCUCAAUUUGAAUGUUAGAACCGGAUCGGCUUCUACCCUUUAUAAUUCGUUAGUGAUGACGUUCGGUGGAAUGACCAUUGGUUUAGAGCUUGAUGCCCUUACCAUAGACGAACUAGUAGAGGUAUACAUUCUGAAACUUCUGACAUCCAAAUCUAAAAGAUUGGAGAGAUACUUGUCUGGUGAGCUUUUCAUUCUCAACAUCUUAGACAGAGUAUGGUAUCGAGUUGCAACUAGUCCUGACACCCCUCGUCCAAGUGCAAGACUCUUUCAUGAAGUAGCCGCCUCAAACAACUGCUUAUACGUGUUUGGAGGACUUGCAUGCUCGGAGAAUCCCGAUGACAACGUUCCUACUUCAUGGCUUACACCUACCAAUGAUUUAUGGGAAUUUAACCUUGAGCACAAUACAUGGCGUCUCCUCGACGAUGGGUCGUAUAAUGAAUCCAUAGCGAAGCCUACUCCUCGCUACAACCACAAGAUGACCCCCUUGAACUCGCUUCUGUUUUUGGACAAGCCGGACCACCAUGGACUAUUAAUAGCAGGCGGACGAGACGCCAACUCCAAUAUGAUUUACGACAACUACAUUUUCGAUUUAGUCGAUUUAUCCUACGUUGGUACCAGUAUUAAUCUCGAAAUAUCCACUAAUAGCCUUUCCUCUGACAGUGAAAAGGAGAUUGAUGAAAUAGACAACGUUGAUGACAACUACAAUUUGAACAUCGAAUACACCAGAAAUAUCGUGGUGGCUUUUGAUCAAGAAACCCAACACAAACACAGACACAACCCUAGAGGCACCGAAAGGAAAAAACACCGCUCUGCGAAUGACUCUCCUCUGGAAUCCAUCAUUGUAUACGCCCCAACCAAGGGAAAAAUACGACCUGAUUCACCCAACCCGCUCUUGUCGUUUCGCCUAGGACGUCAACUAAAGCGUGGGAAAAUCCUCCCGCUUCAUCGAAAGCGAGAUACUCUGACGACUCACAGCAAUGCAUUACAUACUAUCCCCUACAAUUUGCGAUAUCCCACCGCUGGAGUAUUUGGAAAAAAUGUGGUGAUUUGUGGUUUUUUGCCAAACGAUUUUAACAUCUCCAUUUUCGUAUACAACAAGCCAACAGGUAAGUGGUCUCGUCUCAAUGUUUUCUGUCAUCAUGAUUAUGGAUCUCACAGAUUUUGGGGUGGAUUUGUUUGGCAGUCCCAUCACAAGGUGUUGCUCUUGGGUAACUAUAUUACGUCAAGAACAACCAGCAGUAUUCGUUUUUUCACUCAAAUGAUUCUCGUUAGCUUGCCUAUUACAAAUAUUUUGGCAAGUUCAGAGCUAGCAGGAGGACAUGUUCAUGAAGCACACGGUAAACGAGUGCCCAUUUCCGAUGACUCGUCAGAUCAUACAGCUUCAACAAGAUCGUUGGACGAAGAUGCUAAUCGCGAUCAAGAAGAACUAGACUCGGAUCUGAGUGACCAUUCGCAUGCAAUUAGCUUCUCGGAAUACGUGCUGUAUGCUGCUCCAAAAACUAACUUCACAAAUAUCAGUUCUGUUUUCCCUGCUGCUGCGAUAACCUUAGGUCGAAAUGCCUUCGACAGAUAUGGUGACUUGAUCUCUGACUUUGAGCUUGUAUCAUCUUCAGGAGAUCGAAUUCCUGUGCUGAUGAUGACACUUCAAGAGCGUUGGGGAAGCUACUUUAUUGACUUACUCUCCCGAGGAUACGUUCAGGCAGUGACAAAGUUUGAGAAAGACCAAAGAGAACACCCAAAUACUCGCCAAGCGUUGCGAACGUCACAAGCAUCUGAAACCAGUUCAAUUACAAAUUCUUCAUUUCAAGCUGAGCCCUUAAGCACAAGUCCCCCAAAGAGCUUUCAAGUCCAGGUGGUGCACCCGAAUUCCAAGAAACCUCAAAAAGACACUCCUCAAUUCAGAUAUCCAUUUCAAGAGCUUGCACAAACGAGCCAGACGAAUCUUGCUCCUCCCGACGAGAGUGAAACUGGCAACACAAAAGUGGCUGCAGGUGAACAGCCGGCAAAAGAAAGACCUGGGUUGGUCUCUGUAUCUUCAGCCGUGGAUCCCCACCAACCUUUAGAGGCACGCCGCGGCUCGACAAGCUCUUACCACAGCCAAAACUCGCUUUUGAUCUCUCAGCUUCAGGAUAUUCCACCGCAACUUCCUUUACCCAACGAACCAAUUCCCAGUGUGCCAGCCUCGCUGAGUUUCCGAUCGCAGUCGAGGAGAGGUUCCAGUGACAUCAAUUCUCCUCGUGCUUCCUUGAUUCACACAUUGACGACACUUCGUAACAUUCCAGUCAAGUCACCAAGAAACUCCCCCUUUGCGUCUCCUCGUGCAUCCGUUUCAAACGCUUCAGGUGCUGGAAAUUCAACCAUGCCGCUUCUGAGCUCCUUAGAACAAAGCAAUACCGACAACUCGCCUGUCGAGUCUCUCAUGGAUGCAGUCAAAGGUAUUCCUAGAGAUAACAUACAUCUGUCUGAAUCCACUGUUAAUACGACACCGAACUCUCAGAUGCGAUCUAGAGCGGAUUCUGAAAUCCUGCGUGCCGAAAGUGAUGUCGAGAAGGGUUUAUUGAGCAACAUAUUACUCGACUUUGAUGAUGUUGAUGGAAGCAAGUUUGCUAUGGAACCAUCUUUGAUUCCAAGAAAGCUCUAUAUUCCAUUUCCAACAGCCACUUUAAAGGCAUUCUGCGAGUAUUUGUAUACUGGCCAGAUUGGUAACAAAUGGCUCCUUCAGCCCACUACGUUGAAUAAUCUUGCAAUUGCACGGUUCUUCAAAGUGCCGCUUUUGUAUGACUUGAUUUGUGAAGUUCUCUUUGGUAUUAUUGGAAGAAAAGAGUCAUAUGUUGUUAAAGAAGUCAACAAACUUAGAAAAAGACAUGAAGAGCUUCUCAAGCUCACCAACUCAGAACCAGAUACCGACUUUGUUUCACCUUUAGAAGAAUAUCAAGGGUUAAUGGAUACGGUUGACGAUGGUUACUUUGAUAUGAAUUUGUUACAAAAGACUUCAAACAUACACAAGAAUAGUCUGAGCUCACGCUAUAAAUCGUGGGAUUCAAAUGCACCAAGAGAGCGUUCUGUUGGUAUGGAGAAAGGCUCGUCAGAUAGUACCGAUAUUCCCAGCCAGAGCGGGGACACAGAAAAGUUGGAGCCAGAAUUAGAUUCAGACUUUAAGACUCCAUCGAACAGUGAGAAUGAAGAUUACGAUUUCGAUCUCGCGUACAUGGUUGAGCCUGAGUCGUCGAUGCCCAUUGGUCCUAGAUCAAAGUCUAUCUUUGACAAGAUGGAUAUACCUUUUCAACGUUCUCAUAGCAUUGCUGACGAGGAAGAAGAUGAAGAAGCAGACGAAAAAGCUCGUACGAACCACCUUACGUUGGAAGAGCUUGUCUCUCCAGAUGCUCCAGUUCCCUCUGAUCAUGUGCUUGAACUUAUACAUGAGGUUGGAGCAUUGACAACCGACAUGAAAUUGAUGUUGAGAGCAGCCAAUGCUCGUCAUAUGAACAUUUUACUCAAAGAAACUCAGGACUACAUGUUUUCACGUAUUACGAUGCUAGAGAAGAAGUUGGAGGAGCAACAGCGGAGUGCAGAAGAAAUCGAGUCAGAACUGGAUAUUAACGACUCAGAAAGCGAGCUUGCAUCGCACGACUUUUCCGAGCUCAAGACUACCAGAUCCUCGACAUCUUUGCAUACUCUAGGUAGUUUCCGGACGACGCCUUUGGAUCGUAGCAAGACGUCCAAUCUUAGAUCAAUUGGAGGACUCACGCCGUUCAGAAUGACUAAAUCCGAGUCCAAGAAAUCAAUGAUUGGGGAGAACAAAGAGGUAGACAAACGCAUCAACAAGCUUGUAAAGCAAGAUCAGAAACUCAAAAAGCAGCAACUCGAAAGAGAAAAGGCUAAACCUCACACUAGAGGUGAACGGUCCCACAGUAAAACAGACCAUGUGCUGACGCGGCACGAAGCGGCUGAAAAACCUAAGCCACCUUCACGAGCUCAAACGGCUUCUUCUAUACCCUACAAUGACGUACAGUCAGUUUCGUCUCUUGACACCACAAAUUCAAAAAAGAAAAAGCAUCAUGGUAUUUUCCACCAUUUAAGCUCACACAAACUGAGCAAGAAAGCCACUCCCGUUAAGGGAAUGAGCCCCAUGGAAGUCACCCCACCUACUGACGACUCAGAAUUAAUUCGCAGCCUGUCGGCAUUGAGUUUGAGCCUGAACACCAGCCGGAAAUCCGACAAAAAGAAAGGGUUUGGAUUAUUCAAGAAGUCAUCAUAG